AUAAAGCAGAAUUAUUACAGUUAGCCAACGUGAGCUAAAACCCUUAUUUUGCAUUCAAUUACGCUUGAUUCUCAAUAUGCACGUUUUACUUCUUUUAACCACUGGUUUAGUGGCAAUUUGCUCAGGACAAAAACAUACAAUACCACCAUCAUCACCGAUACUUUGUUUUUGUCCAGAAUAUUGUCCCAUCAUUACCAUAUGCCCUUACGGCCUAGAACUAGGAUAUUCUGGCCCUUGUCGGUGUUGUCAAGAUUGCGUCAUUCCUAAAAACGGACAAUGUCCUUAUUAUGUCUUACUACCCUCUUCUACUCCAAUCGAUUCAGUUUCUUGCGAAGAUGGCACCAAAUGUUGUAAUGCAAUUUGUACUAAUGAUGUUUGUGAAACUGAUUCAACAACAGAAAAAAACUAAUUGUUUGUGUAUAAAAUUUAAUAAUAAUUAUAUGAUUAUUUAUUACUAGUCAAGACAAUCUCUUUUACAAUUCUUAUCACAUUUCUGAUUCUUGCAACAUUGUAAAUCUGGUCCGCAAGUCACAGUCCCAUUGUCAUCCUUAUAACAAUCGUCGCCAAUUUCUAAAUCAAAAUUGUUUAUAAACAUUUAACAAAAUUAAAUAUUUAAUACAUACUGGGUGUAACGCAUUCGAAACAACAUCCACAAUAUCCCCUGCCUGAAGCCAAAAUGGUACCACAAGGACAAGGAGUAACAUUCAAGCAUAACGUAGCAGCACAAGUCCAAGGUUUACAUUCGGUUUCAGCAUUAUUAAUUUUUACUAUUAUUGUUACUAACAAUAAAAUAAUUUGCAAUUUACUCAUGUUGCUUUUGACAAUAUACUGAUUAAAUUUUGAUUCUCGUGCUGUAUUUAUAAUUAGCUUGCUUAUUCAAAACCAUUGACGCAGUGUCAGGAAUUUCCAUUUUUAUUGUAUUGAUGUCAGAGCCCUGUGCUUUGCGAUAAAUAUUUGUUUUUAUUUAAAAUCGCACCACUUGGGUUAUCAGAGUAAGUAAUUAUGCCCCAUAUAGGUAAAUAGAGUUUUUCAUAUUGAAUUAUUUAUUAAAUGUAACUAUAUCUACCAAAUUUUCCUGUAAUAAUAAUUAUUAUAAACCUUUUUAGUUUAAUGUUAUUAUCUAUAUGCACAUAUGCGCAUCUAAAAAUUACUAUAUAAACAAUAAACUUCAAGUUUCAUUAAAAUGUCUCCAACAAUAAGAGUAAUAAUUGUUUUUGUAGUUCUCUUUGCAAAGUACUUGCAAGUUGAACUAAUUGCAUGUCCGCCUGGUUUUUGCAAGGAACACCCUUGCAAAAGCCCUACUUCCUGCCCCCCAGGGCAAGUCAUGAGAUUUUCGUUUUGCGGAUGCUGCCUUAAAUGUGUUCCAGAAAUUCCUGCUGACGGUCCUUGUCUGGCAUUAAGAGGCCUUCCACCGCCUGCAUGCGUACCUGGAACAUUCUGCUGCAAUGGCAAAUGCCUAUCUAAUUGUGGAUAAUAUUAAUAAAGGAAAGCUUUAAACUAUGUAAAACUUGAAAAGCAUAAUAAUAAUAUACCUACUGAGGAUUAUGGAAAAAAAAAUAUUUCAAAAAAAAAAAACUGAUUGUUUCAAUUGCAUUUGUACCCUCUAUUUAUUAUUUAUUUCGAUGUAGUUAAAAAUAGUUUCUUUUUUACAAUUAUAGAGAAUAGAAGAGAACUCCAAGACUUAGGACAAGAAACUUUGAAAACCAGAACUCUUA